AUGUCCGCCCUCGAUUGCGGCGACGAUGCCUGUUCAGCGCCAGGCUUCGGCUCUCCGUCUACCUUUUCGACCUUUGUCUCUCUGACGCCCUUUAUCCUGACCUUUGGCGGAGUCUUUGCUUUCGUUCUCAGGAAGAUCUUCCCUCAGCUAUCCCGCGUUCAAAACUCCCGCGAUGGCGAGGACCACUUUCUACCCUCCGAUGCGCCCUUGUCUCUACAGCAAGCUCAUGCGGAACAUGGCUCAAAAUCCAUCAGGAGACGAGUUGCAGCUGGCGCAUUCUCGACGACUGUCGCUCUGGCCACGGUACUGGCAGAGUUGAUUCUUUGCGAAAUAUCCAACCUCGUUAAUCCGUAUGCCCGAAUGACGGCUCUCAAGAUUACCGUCCCAUCCCUGCUAUUCUUUCUGAUCGUGGUCAUACCGUUUCUCGAACUCCAGUCCUUGAUCACUGGCUCGGGAUGGAGUUUUCAAAAGACAUCAAAGGGUCGCCUCCCUAGAACAGCUUGGAUUUUGCAAUUCGCCGUAUUUGGGCUCUGGCUUUGCGCCUUUUGGUCUCUUGGAAGUCUGGUACCUGUGGGCAGUGAAUUCAUGCAUUCAACUGCCUCAAUGCGAGAAUCCCCCGAGAGUUCAGGUGGACUCGCUCGGGCCUGUCUCGAGCGCAUUGGUGUUAUUGGUAUCUCACUUAUGGCUCUCCUUUCUGGCUUUGCCUCUGUUUCUUCUCCAUGGCAAACGUUUGGCAGCAAAAACUCGCGCAAACCAGUGACGGAUGCCGACAUUGCCCGCAAACAGGCCGGACUAGAUGCCACAAAUGAAAUGCUGCUUACCAAACGCCAUCGCUUGCAGACAUUGCAGCGCAAAGUCGCGGCCGACACCACAUCUGCUCAGAAUUCAGGAUUCCUGACCAAGGUUGUGGGUUCUUUCCGUGGUUCAGGAGACGCGGCGGAAAUUCGUGGCUUGAAAUUGGAAAUCUCUGGCCUUGAAGCAAUGGAGGCGAAUUUGUCAACUACACUUUCCCAAUUACGCUCCCGGCAGGCUGAUUCGGCACGAGCAGCCACUCCACUGGGUAAAGUACUCCUCGUCCCUACAUAUGCGUUCAGUCUCUACUGCAUGUACCGUAUCGGCGCAACUGUUCUCACCACGCUACGGCGAUUUUAUUCUCCGUCCGCGUCCUUUUCCUCGUCCGAUCCCAUCAAUCGCUUUCUUGGCCUGAUUGCCAAGCACUGGGAUCCCAAGCUGGACCAGAUUGCCUGGGCGCGCCAGAUUUCGUUCCUCCUUUCCGGUGUCAUCUUGGCGGCAAGCGCCAACUCGGCAUUGCAGACCUUUCACCUGUUUGCCAAGUGGACGCCAGGUCUGUUGUACCAGGCACAGGCCAAUCUCGCUCUCCUCAUCGGACAGAUUAGUGCUAUUUACGUGAUCUCUGCUGCACUAUUACUACGCAGCAAUCUGCCCAAGGAGGUCGGCAGCGUAGUCGGUGAUGUCUUGGAGAGUGCACUGGAACCAGGAUUUGUCGACAGAUGGUUUGAAGGCUGGUUCCUCCUUGCCAGUCUCAUCACAGCGUGCGGAAUUUGGAUAGGCAGAAAGAUUGGCGAGUUGGGCGAGGACUGGGACGAUAUAAGUAUGGAAGAGAUGGGCCAAAAGCGAUCAUGA